UAUAUAUAUUCAUUCUAUUUAGGAACAAAAAUAUACAUAUACAUAUAUAUACAAAUAGCGAAUUUGUGUUGAGAACAUGAAGAGGAUUAGGUUCGGAGACGAAGAGCGAGUGGAGGCCGUGGAUAGCAUCACCACGGCCAACGUGCUGAUGCUCCUUUCGCGGGGCGGCGGCGAAGAAACUGACGCUUUUUCGCCAGCGGCGGCGGCGGCGGUGGCGGCUGCGGCUGCGCAGGCGUCGCGGGUGUUUGAGUGCAAGACGUGUAGCCGCAAAUUUCCGUCCUUCCAGGCCCUCGGCGGGCACCGGGCCAGCCACAAAAAGCCGCGGCCCGCGACCGACGCUAUUGGACCCGCCAACGGGCCUAACGCGCCCGCAAAGGCGCGGGUGCAUGAGUGCUCGAUCUGCGGGCUCGAGUUCGCCAUCGGGCAGGCCCUCGGCGGCCACAUGCGGCGGCACCGCGCGGUGGGGGCGGCAGAGGCGGAGGCGGAGGCGGAGAAGAAGCCGGAGGAGAGGAGGAGGAUGCUGUGGGUUGACUUAAACCUUACUCCCCUGGAGAAUGAUAUGGAGUGUAGGAAAAUUAAUUUGGGGCUUAAGAUUGUAGAUAACAUUCCUAUGGUGGGUUGUUUGCAUUAAGGGUUUUUUUUUCUAUUAAUUUUUUUUUAAAAAAAAAACCAUAUAGUUAGGGAGAAGGAGGAGGGGGUUUAUAUAUAUUUAUAUAUGCUAAUUAUAUCUUCUAAUUGAUGAUUCUCUUUUACCUUUUUUAUUGCUUUGGCCUACUCUUUUUUGUGGGAGUGGCUAAUGAUGUUUUGGGGCCAAAUAAUCACCAUAGGAGACCAUUUCUCUGGCACUAAUUAUUACGAACCAAUAUGUGAUAUUGGGUGGAAUAUGGAGAUUAUAUCUCCUGGUAAUAAUUCACUCUCUUUUUGGCUUGCUUUUGGUGUACAUAAUAUAAUAAAAGAUUAUUUCUCCUUUUCAA